UACACAGCUCACUAUCCAACCAAGGGAGGGUUUUCUGAAAGAGAGAGAGAAUAAUUAAAAAGGCCUUUGCCUUCAUCUUUGCUAUUGCAAGAGAGAAGGACCAGCUAUUCAAUUACCUUCAUCCAUCUUCUACUUCCUUCUUUCUCUCUUUCUUCUUCUUCUUUCACCCUCCUUCUUUCAAGAAACUCCAGAUCAGCCAUGACAACCUGCGGCAUCGAUGUUGCGCCCGAGCAACUCUGUUACAUCCCCUGCAACUUUUGCAAUAUUGUUCUUGCGGUGAGUGUUCCAUGCAGCAGCCUGUUUGACAUUGUGACCGUUCGAUGCGGGCACUGCACCAAUCUAUGGUCCGUGAACAUGGCCGCCGCGUUUCAGUCACUGUCAUGGCAAGAUGUUCAGGGACCCGGGCACUGCAACCCAGAGUACAGGAUUGACACUGGCUCCACCUCCAAAUGCAACAACAGGAUUGCAAUGCGUCCACCCCCCACUAUUGUAACUGAGGAAAGGGUUGUCAACAGGCCUCCCGAGAAGAGGCAGCGCGUACCUUCUGCUUAUAAUCAGUUUAUAAAGGAAGAGAUUCAGAGGAUCAAAGCCAAUAAUCCUGAUAUCAGUCACAGAGAAGCUUUCAGUACAGCUGCCAAAAACUGGGCACAUUUUCCCCAUAUUCACUUCGGGCUGAUGCUGGACAGCAACAACCAAGCUAAGAUGGAAAAUGUUUCUGAGAAACAUUUAAUGUCAAGGGCUGCGCUAAUGAAUAAAUGAAAGCUAUCUUCAUCAUGAUAUCAUACUAUGGGUCCUGAGUUUCGUUUGAAUCUGUCAAGAAAAAAAAGUCCAACCUAUUAUGAGUUUUAAGGACAUCUGCACUUUUCUUUUGUUAAUGUACUUGUCACUACUUAAUUACUACUUGUUCAAUGGAUGCUUUAAUUUCAAGCAA